UGUAGAGACACGGCGCGCGCGCUCAGGUUUCUCCGCCUCCGUCUGCCGGUAUCAUCAUCAUCAUCAUCAUCCUCAGUCUCGCAGCGCUGGAUUUUAUUUAUUUUAUUUUGAUUCAUUCAGACUGCAGCUCUUACUUACUUACUCUCACACGCGCACACACACACACACACACACACACCUGAGCCUGUUUCAUGAGCGCUAGAGGAGACACACCGCUGAGAGAACCCAGAAGAUCCUGAUCCUCUCAUCUAAGCUUCCGGUGCACGACCCCCAUAAAGGUCCGAUCUAUAGAUUUGUGGAUUACUGAAUUUUUUGCGAACAGAAGAAAGAAAAGAUGACAUGGCGUCCUCAGUACCGCAACUCAAAGUUCCGCCACGUGUUCGGUAAAGCCGCCACCAAGGAGAACUGCUACGAUGGCGUCCCCAUCACCUGCAGUGUCCAUGACAACCAUCUGUGUGCCGUCAACCCGCGAUUCAUCGCCGUCAUCACAGAGUGCGCUGGGGGCGGAGCCUUCCUUGUUCUCUCCACCAACUAUACAGGGAAGGUGGACCCCCUUCACCCAAGGAUAUCUGGUCACAAAGGAAACGUUCUGGACAUCAAGUGGAAUCCAUUCAACGAUUUCUGCAUAGCAUCCUGUUCAGAGGACUUGACGGUGAAAGUGUGGGACAUUCCUAAACAUGGUGUGUUAAAGAACAUGACCAUUCCAUGGAAGGAUCUUCACGGGCACUCGCGCCGAGUCGGACUAAUCGAGUGGCAUCCAACCGCCAGUAACAUCCUGUUCAGUACAGGCUACGACUACCAGGUGAUGGUGUGGAACCUGAACACGCCCGAGCAGGUGAUUAAGAACCCGGUGCGCUCCAUCAGCCUUCACACAGACGUGGUUCUCUCCGUGUCCUUUAACACAGACGGCAGUCUCAUCGCCACGUCCUGCAAGGACAAGAAGAUCCGCAUCAUCGACCCGCGCACAGGAACACUGCUGCAGGAGACCAGCACAAAGAUGCAUCGAGCCAAUAAAGUGCUGUUUCUGGGAAAUCUGAAGAUGCUGAUGUCGACGGGGAACUCGCACUGGAACCAACGGCAGAUCGCCCUGUGGGAUCAGGAGGAUCUCUCUAAGCCAUCGUACACCGAGGACUUGGACGGCUCCUCGGGUGUAUUGUUUCCUUUUUACGACCCUGACACACACAUGCUUUACAUAGCUGGCAAAGGAGAUGGAAAUAUCCGAUAUUAUGAAAUCAGCUCGGAGAAGCCCUAUGUGCACUACCUGACUGAAUAUCGCUCUCUCCUUCCACAGAAAGGAAUGGGUGUGAUGCCAAAGCGAGGGCUGGAUGUUUGUUCCUGUGAGGUAUUCAGGUUUUACAGGCUGGUGACCAUAAAGAGUCUCAUUGAGCCACUGUCAAUGAUCGUCCCACGCAGGUCUGAGUGCUAUCAAGAGGAUAUUUACCCGAUGACAGCUGGGAAUAAUCCUUCCAUGACAGGGGAGGAAUGGCUAAGCGGCAUGGACAAAGGUCCGCUGCUUGUGUCUCUGAAGCCGGGCGUGGUCUCUAGGGCGCAGCAGGAUGAGGACGCGCAAGUGCUGAAAGCUCUUGGUGUUCAGUUGGAUCCCCGACGCAGUCAGAAUCGUACGGGUCUUCAGCAGCUCACCAUUACUGAGCGCCAGAGGAACACGAGCGGGGAGCGACAGGAUGUGACGAACGCCGUCAGGAAAGAGCAGAACUUCUCCGAGACCAUCGCUAACGGACAGACAGACACCGCGCUCUGCUCACCGCCAAAGACUGAAAAUGAGCUCCUGCAGAUGUAUUAUAAACAGCAGGAGGAGAUCCGGCGGCUCCGUGAGCUUCUCACUCAGAGAGACGUUCGUAUAAAGCAGCUCGAGCUCGAGAUUAAAAACGUCAGGAACUCACGCUGAGGAGGGACACACACACACACACACACACACACACACACACACACAGAGGACCUCAAGCUGCCUAAACCUGCUUUAAUCGUGAGACACUGCGUCACUUUUGUACAGCUUUGUGCUUAAACCUGCUUUUACUUUCACUGUGUGUUUUUUUUGUUUUUUUGUUUUUUUGUUUUCUUUUUACGGCUCACAGCUAUGCAAGGUUCGUUUUAAAAUUUCUUUUUAUAAUUUUGGGGGAAAAAAACAAGAAAGGAUGUGCCUGUCUUAUAUAAUGCGUUCAGGUGUGCGUGUAUGUACAGUAUGUAUGUGUGUAUGUGUGUAUGUGUGUAUGUGUGUGUGUGUGUGUGUGUUGUUUAAUCUGCAGGUAAGACAUUAUGCUGAUUGUGUAAUACACUGAAUGUGUUUGUGAGUUAAUCUGCUGUACGAUAAAGUUACGGGUAUCUCACACACACUUUACUUCUUUUUUUAAAAAAUUUCUUUUCCCUUUAUGUUGAACUUUUUUUAAAAAGUCGAUGACCAAAUAUAGAGCAAGAGAAGAUAAAGAUGAAGUCAGGACUGUAGCUGAAGACGCUCGCUCUCUGACCCGAGCUCCUGUGUGAACCCGACACACUGCCGUUUCAGAAAAAAAAAAAAGAUCUGUUUAAAACAUAUAAUAAGCCAUGACCAGGACGUGUGUGUGUGUGUGACCGCGAUCCUGCAGUAAUGUUCGCAUUAUUCUUAGUGUGAUUAGUAAAACUUGCUCCAAGAGAUAAUACACUGGAUAAUUAUAAACUAUAUAAAUAUAUAAAUCUUUAAACUUUUCUCUUAUGUAGAUUUACUUUCAGGACUUUUAUUUUGUUUCAUUUUUAUCGUUUUUUCAUGCACUGUUUGUAUAUUUAUAAAGAUUUAGCCUGGUUUAAUGGCUUGUGUAUAAAACAUAUCUUUAGGAAGUUUAAGAUCCUCUUUUUUUCUCCUUUUGCUCAAGAAGUUUCAUUUUAUUGACUUUACUCUCUCUCUCUCUCUUUCUCUCUCUAUACCACCCGUACCACCUCCUGACCCCAGUCUAAAUUAAUCUCUCAUAGCAUCAACACUCCUAACUUCCCCCUCACCCAUUCAUAUAUUCAAUUUUAUUAACAUAUAAACCUAUUUAGCGUGUGGUUAACAGUUUCCUACAUUACCCAGAAUGCUCUGCUGAUACCCCUCGCUUUAUGUCUACUGGGCCUUUACUGCCUUAUCCUGUCUUCAACUUUACAGCUCUAACUAGCCAAGCGAGUCUUCAAGUCUUACAGCAUCUGAGCGCUUGCUCUAAUGUCUACUCGUUUUUUAUUUUUAUUCCCUUUCAAGUUCUGUUGUAAUUAUGCCAGCUCCGCCCCCCUGUGACCCGCAUGACACACAAGCACUGAUUUUUUCAUAGCAAUAUCAAUCAAAUGUAACAAGAUGACCAGAAUUACUAAACACACCGCAGGUCUUUCAGUGCCUCAGGGUAGUUUCAUUUUCUCACACACACACACACACACACACACACUAAGAGUUCAUCAGAUACGCACUAUAAUCUUAUAACACUAUCGUAGUUGCCGAAAAGGAGGGCUGUAGAUGUUCUUUAUAAACUGCAGCUUGUUAGAAAACACUGGAGAUGUUGAUUCACUUAUUUAAUACCGCACACACACACACACACACACACACAAAGUCGUCUCCGGCGGUGUCCGUUAAACACUCGGCCCUGAUCAGAGUUCAGGUUAUGACGCGGUACUCCAACACUAGGUGUUAAUUUAUCACAUGGAUUCGAACACUAAACAUGAUUGAUCUGUUUAUUUAAUAGUUCAUUCAUUUAUGUGGAAGCUCACAGUAAUGUGUCUGAACACAAAAGCCAUAUGAUGAAAAGAAAGCUUUAAAACCUUCGUUGUGUGUGUGAGAGAGGGAGAGGGAACAGUACACUGAGUAUAUUGUUUAUUUCCAUUCAAUAGAUUUUUUUAAACUGUCAUAUGAUUCAUUGUGUCAUGUAAAAGUUGUUAAAUUACACAGACACACACACACACACACUGCUGUAGUGUCUCUUCUCAAUUACAGUGAGUGUUUGGGAA